AAAUACAAAAGCAGCUGGGAAGCAGCGGCGAGGCGAGUUCCCAGCGCAGGGCAGAGCGCCGGACAGAGCCCCGCAGCGCCCCGCGGCCGCGAUGGGGCUCAGGCGCCCAAAGCCCCGGAGCCAACAAGCUGCCGGGCCCUCCUCGCCGCCCCAACCCGGGCGCCGGGGCUCGGCUUGAAGCGGCGGCGGCGGCGGCACCGGCGCGGCCGCGGGAGCAUGGGGAGGAGGAUGCGGAGCGCCGCCGCCACCGCGGGGCUCUGGCUGCUGGCGCUGGGCUCGCUGCUGGCGCUGUGGGGCGGGCUCCUGCCGCCGCGGACUGAGCUGCCAGACUCCCGGCCGCCCGAAGACGGACUCCCCCAGCGUCCGGCCCGGAGAGGCGGCCACGCGCCCGUGCCUCGCUUCCCUCUGCCCCCUCCCCUGGCGUGGGACGCCCGCGGCGGCUCCCUGAAAACUUUCAGGGCGCUGCUCACCCUGGCGGCCGGCGCGGACAGCCCGCCCCGGCGGCACCCUGGCGAGCGCAGGCGGCACGUGCCCUCUGGGCGGCCCGGGCUGGCGGAGCGCGCGGCGGUGCACGAGGGUGUCUUCUGGAGCCGUGGCUUGGAUGAGCAGGUGCCCCGGGGCUUUUCCGAGGCCCAAGCGGCGGCGUGGCUGGAGGCUGCGCGCAGCGCCCGGGUGGUGGCCCUGGAGCGCGGGGGCUGCGGACGCAGUUCGAACAGACUGGCCCGUUUUGCCGACGGCACCCGAGCCUGCGUGCGCUACGGCAUAAACCCCGAGCAGAUCCAGGUGACUCAGGAAGUGAAAGGAGGACGCCUGACGGUGAGAGGAAAGUGGAACCGGGGCGGUGCGGGCCGGCGGCGGCCGCGAUCUCCCCGGGCAGCGGAGGUCGAGCAGCAGCGCGGCGCGGCGCAGCGCGGGGGCCGACGGGGCGCGAGCGGCCGCGCCGGAAGUGCCGGCAGCAGAGGAAGCGCUGCGCAGCGCCGCGCGAGGAGGCCGAGCCGGCGGGGAGGCCUUGAGCUCGCGGCCCGGCGAGGGCGGCCGCGGCCCCAAGCCCCGCUCCCGGACGCCGCGCGGCCCAGCCGAGUGGCGACUCCCGAGGAGGGGACCCCGGCSCCGGGGUAA